AUGGAACGGGGUGAUGAUGAUGGGCUUCUGAUCGACCUGACCUCGUCUCCCGGCGAUGCGAAUCCCCCGGCUGCCCGCCGGGCCCCGGCUCCAUGCUGCCCCAGCGGUCGGGCCUGCUCCAAUGAGGGGCACCUCCACCGGCUGCAAUUCGAUCAUUCAAGCUCGGGAACCUCCCCAGCGCCACACGCGGAUGAUGAGAUUGUCAUCAGCCUGUCGGAUGACCAGGAGCCCGCUCCCCCGCCGCCGCUGGUCGACUUGCGCCCCUGCCCGACGCUCUUCCGACUGACCCACCCCUCGGCCAUGGACGCUGGUCUGGCGUCGACCAUCCACUCGUCGGCCAUCGGCCUGGCGGAUCUUUUCUACUCGGAUGACACCAGCGGGCCCCUGGACGCCGCUCUUCUGACCACCUUCGACCUUGAUGCCGAUUGGCUGUUCGGCCAGUCGCGCUUCUUGCGCCGUGCGCGUGAGGUGGCCAUCAUCAUGGACGCCGGCUGCGUGCCGGAAACAGCGCUCCAGGCACCGCUGGAGCGGUCGCCGCCCGGCAUUCCUCCCCCCCGGUCGCCGCCCCCCGGUGCUCGACCGCCCCCCCGGGCGGGGCCCUCCUCCAGCCGCGAGGUCUUCCUGCCCGAUGCCCCGGCCAACCUGCGCGUCUUCGUGCCGCGUACCAAUGUCCUGAGCUUCGGCAGCCAGCACUCGAAGCUUUUCAUCCUGUUCUUCCGCAAUGGCGUGCGAAUUGGCAUCUCCACGGGAAAUUUGGUCGCUCCAGACUAUGAUCGCAUGGUGAAUGGCGUCUGGGCACAGGAUUUCCCCCUGCUCCCAUCGGCCGGAGUCGAUGGCCCAUAUGCCUCCCGGCCGCCGGCCCCCUUCUUCGGGGGAUUGGUUCGUUUCUUGCAGGUCCUCCUCCCGCCGUCGACCAUCCACUUCAUCGAGCGCCUGAGGCUGUACGAUUUAUCGGGCGCAUGCGGGCAUUUUGUCGCCUCGGUUCCGGGUUAUCACCCAGUCGACCCGGUUCUUUUCCCGGAUCUCAUCCGGCAUCACACGCCGACUGGGGCGGCGGCGGCGGCGGCUACACGCACGGAGCCGGUCCCGCCUGCCGGGCCGCCACGGCGCCGGGCCGGCUGCCACGCGCGCGUCUUCGACGAGGCGAAUGCCCAUAUCGAGGGCCACCGCGCCGGGACCGGGGCCGUUGGCAGGGGCGCCCAGGCUGGCGUGCAAGCUGGCCCCCCCCAAUGGGGGCACCUCAUGCUGCGGCAGAUCCUCCAGGACACCUUCAAUCCAGCGGCCAUUGACUACCCGGAUGGCCGUCUUCGGAGCCCGGCAACCCUGGACCAAUCUCGUGUGGUCUGUCAGUUCUCCUCGAUGGGCUCCCUGACGGAAUCCUGGCUGCGGGAGUUGUCGGAAUCCUUCUCCGCCUUUCGGCCGUCCAAUCAACUCCCGAUCGACCAACCAGCCGCCCUCGACAUGGAAUUUGUCAUCCCCACCGAGCGCGUGGUUCUCGAGUCGAUCGGCAGCCGGCUGUCUGGCUUCUCGAUCCCCAUCCGCCAGAAGUCCCACAUCCCUCUGCUACGAAACUACCGGGGGCGUGAUCUCUAUCACCAAUACGAUGGCGGGGCCCUGGGCCUUUAUCGCCGACACAUGCCGCACCUGAAGACAUUCAUCCGGUAUCGUCUGACCCCGGAGCAUGUCACCCUGCCACGCGCUUCGCUGGCCCUGGACCCCGAGCUCUGGGGCCCGGGGCUUGAUCAUCUGGAUGGCCUGGGGCAAACCACCAUCGAGUGGGUCCUGCUCACGUCGGCCAACAUGUCGCGCGCGGCCUGGGGGCAGGUUCAAUUCCAAUCGCGCACGGCCUCAGUCCGGUGCAUGAUUCGCAGCUACGAAGCGGGAGUGCUCAUCACGCCGGAGCAGCUGAAGGCCCACGGUCACCGGCUGUGGUCCUUCUCGUGCACUCCCUCGCGGCCGCUGCAUCCGGCGCCAGUUUGCCCGGGGGACAACAUCAAGGACGAGCCUGGGACAGGCUCCCCCUCCUGCUCCCCCUCCUCCUCCUCCUCCUCCUCCUCCUCCUCCUCCUCGAGCUUUCUCUCAAUGCCCUUCCAGAUGUCCAGCAUGGUCCCCCGCCAGGAUUUGCUCCCGCGAUUGGAUGGCUUCCUUGCCCCAGCCGAUGCCGCCGAGCCGGCCCCGGCCGGGAUCGCCCCCACCACCAGGGACUCCCCUCCUUCACAAGAUGCCGGCGCGGCACUCGCCAACAUCAAGGGCGAACCAUGCCAAUCGCAUCCUGCCGGCGCUUGGCCCGCGACAAAAACAACCCCAGCCCAGGUCCUGGCCGAGGCCCUCCCUCCAGGCACCUUCCUCCUUCCCUUGCCGUAUUCGCUGCCACCGGCCCCGUACCAGCAGGGUCAGCGUGCGUGGGCAGUUGAUCUCACCUGA